UACAUUAAAACAUUUAUUAAAAAUGUCAUGGUUGAACAAAGUUAAUCUCUGUUCCUGUUGUGAGUGAAGUUUGUACUCAGGCGCCGAGAAAGGACUUAUUUUGAAAAUCCUGCCCGGAUGUUGGUUGUUUCUCGGUAACUUGACACCGGUGCGCUCGUCUUCAACCAUGAAAAACAGUCCAGACCUGGAUUCUCAUAGCCUGUGGACACCUGUGGAUCCUCUGCGGGCGCAGCAGCAGCAGCAGCCAGGAUGAUCCCUGUGAAUGAACUCAAAUCCUUUGGCAUUGAGCAGAAUUCAAAGCUACGUGUCCUGAAACCAUGGUGGGAUGUUUUCUCGGAGUACCUGUGCGUCAUUAUGCUCAUGAUUGGAGUCUUUGGGUGCACCCUGCAGCUCACCCAAGACAAGAUUUCUUGCCUGCCCAGUCCCCUCACCAGCCCAACGCCUGAAGCAAUCGACUGCAGCCACAUCCGUACCUACAAGGAAAAUGAGACACAGCGUCACACGCUGGUCAAACCUGCCACCCCCAUCAUCCGGGAGGUGUUUGGCCGCAAGAACAAUUUGGACAUCCACCAGUACCUGUUUGUCAACUACUACUGCUAUGAGAGGUUUGUCCACUGGUAUGCAAAGUACUUCCCAUACCUGGUUGUGAUCCACACUUUGAUCUUCAUGGUAGCGAGCAGCUUCUGGUUCAAGUUCCCUGGGACAUCGUCCAAAAUUGAUCUCUUUGUGACCAUCUUGGGGAAGUGUUUUGAUUCACCCUGGACCACGCGAGCCCUGAGUGAAGUUUCUGAGGAAAGAGGAGAGGAGAAACUUGUCAUUUUGAGGAGGAAUACCACCUCAAAGGACCAUGCAGAGCGACGGGCAGACGAGGAGGAGAGUGUGGGGUUGCUUCGCUCCUCCUCUGUCAAGUCUAAUCCAGAAAAGAAACCUGCAGAGCCUCAGUCGUCCCUUUCUGUCCUAGAUAAGAAAGAAGGAGAGCAGGCCAAAGCUCUGUUUGAGAAGGUGAAGAAGUUGCGAACUCAUGUGGAAGAGGGAGACCUCUUGAAUGUCAUGUAUGUGCUACAAACCUCCCUCAAGGUCUUCAAGUUUGUGUUAAUUAUUAUCUACACUGCAGUGAUGGCGCCAAACGUUGAGAUUAUUGUGCGCUGUUUAGUGCCUCCUGACUUGACUGGUUUUGACAUCUAUUGCUGUAACAACAACAAAGCCCAUCUUUUCUCUAAGUUAGCCUACUGCUACAUCUGCUUUGUUGGAGUGUAUGGAAUCCUGUGCAUAUAUUCCCUCUACUGGCUUUUUCAUCGGCCUCUGAAGAUUUACUCCUUUGAGCAGGUCAGACUAGAGACGGGUAUUAAUGACAUACCGGACGUAAAGAAUGAUUUUGCGUUCCUCUUGCACCUUGUGGACCAAUAUGAUGCCCUUUACUCGAAAAGAUUUGCCGUCUUUCUUUCUGAGGUCAGUGAGAGUCAUCUCCAUCAGCUCAACCUUAACUAUGAGUGGACUGCCAAAAAGCUGCGCGCCCGACUUGCCAAGAACACAAGUAACCUUCUGGAGCUGCACCUGUUAAUGUUACCAGGGCUUCCUGACACCGUCUUUGAGAUCCCAGAAGUGGAAUCACUCAAACUGGAGCAAGUUAAAAACGUCACUAUUCCAACAAGUGUGGCCAAGCUAGAAUCUCUGCGGGAGCUAUCGCUGAUCUUCUGCCCUACAAAGGUCCAGCUGCCCGCCCUGACCCACCUGAAGGAAAAGUUAAAGGUCCUUAAUUUAACUUUUGAAAGUUUAGAGGAUGUACCUGUGUGGAUUUAUACUCUGCAUAACCUGGAGGAAUUAAAUCUGAAUGUUCCUCUGAAUGAGGUAGCUAGGGGUGGCACCCUGGAAUCCUUCCGAGAGCUUCGAGCUCUGAGAGUCCUCACUCUUUGCUCCAGCAUUUCAAAGAUCCCACAGAGCGUAGGGGAUGUGGCAUUUCAGCUGCAGAGGUUGUGCAUCUACAAUGAAGGUAUCAAGCUCCAAGCGUUCAGCAGCCUCAAGAAGUUAACCAACCUGGUCUCAUUGGAGUUGGUGGGCUGUGAGUUGGAGCGCAUCCCAAGUGCUGUCUUCAGCCUCAACAAUCUACAGGAGUUGGACCUGAAAGACAACAAACUAACCACUGUGGAGGAGAUUUUAAGCUUGCAGCACUGUCGCCGUUUAGUGACACUCCGACUGUGGCACAAUAAAAUCACCUACAUCCCUGAUCACAUCAGUAAGCUGCACUCCCUGGAGGUGGUUGACGUUAGCUGGAACAAGCUAAGAAAGCUGCCCUCGCGGCUGUUUUACUGCACCAAGCUCAGGCACAUCGACGUCUCCCACAACCAACUCACCUCUCUACCUCCUGAGGUGGGCGUCCCACAGGGUCUCCAGGUCUUCUCUGCUGCGUUCAACUCUCUAGAGACACUGCCAGAUGAGCUGUUCUCCUGCAAAAGACUAAAGACCUUGGUUCUGGGAAACAACUGCCUGUCAUAUCUGAGCUCCAGGGUGGCCAAUCUAGCCCAGCUGGUCCGUCUGGAGAUUAAAGGAAACCGUUUGGAGUCUCUACCAGUGGAAAUAGCGGAUUGUCCCCUGCUGAACCUCAGUGGGUUGAUCGUAGAGGAGAAACUGCUGGAUCUGCUGCCGUCAGAUGUGCGAACCAGGCUAAAUAAUGGUUAAUUGUCAGUGGUUGCACAAAGGAGCAAAGAGGAUACCAUGACCAAAGUCACAGCUGAACACAAAAGGAAAACAAGGCUAAAAACUGAAUUUUACUUUAAGUUCUCUGUGUUGAUAAGUGAAAAAAAAAAAAAUCAUAGUUCACAUGUUUUUUUGUAUACAUUUAUUCAAAAGAUACCUUUUGUAAAUAUUUUUACUGGAUUUAUUUUUAUUUAUUUUUUUCUAAAAUAUAAUGUAAAUUGCAUAUAAAUGUAAAAAUUGGCAAGGCGUAUUUUAAUGCAAAAUCAGACUACUGUUAUCUAAUAUAAGGGCUGAACGCUUGACAAUAAAAAAAAUCAAUGAGAAAGACUUUUUUUUUUCAAAUUGUCAUGACCUGGUAUUUUUAUUCAUUUAGUUUCUUUGCUGAAGGGUUUAGAAACUGUGAUGUUUCCUGUUGGACAGGUUUUUUUCAGCAUGAUACAACGUUUUCCCCUGUGCAGAAGAUCAUGUUGCUUCCAUUCAGGCCCUAAACAAGUCGAGGGAUAAAAAGUCUUUCAGGCGCAGAAGAAUAGAUGUCGAGUCUUCUAUUUACAUGUUCCAUCAAAUAGAGGAAAGACUGAAUUCAUUCUGAGAAUAAUGAAUCUGGCAAAUCUCAGGUCAACAUAAUAUCCAGCAGUAUGAAAAGCAAGACACACACAAAAAAAUCAUUUGUGGCGAUAAAGAGGACAAAAUGACUUUUUUUACCUGAACAAUGUCCUGUGAUGGUUGGCAGUGCAGUGUGUAUUUUUCUUUCAAAGCUUUAUCUGUGAAUUCAUGAAAACCUGUUUUAUUUUGUACUUCCUCUUUAGGACAGUUUUACUCAACAUUUACAGUAAAUCAUGGAGGAAAUAGGGAGUUGUUUCUUAACAUCUUGGUUAAGUGGAAUGUGAUUAAUACGACAUGGCUGCUAUGACACUAACCUAACUAGAAACUCUUUUCAACCAUUUUUCAACAACUAAACCAUCUACAAAGAGUAAAUACAUGUGGAACAAAUUUUGAACACACAAAAACUAGAACAUUAAAUGUUCAUUUAGUCACUUUAUUGUGUUAUGGCCUUAGUUUAGAUGUACAGUGAUUGUUGAAGCUCUACAUUGGAUACAUGUUGACUUGCAAAUCUGUUUUCAGUAUUUUCAUUCUCUCUCUCUCUCAUGUUCCCUCCAGCACUAACUCUGACUCAGAUUUGCAGUAUACAUCUUCUCAUCCACUGCUUUGUCUGAGCUGCAGUGCAGUCAUGUCCUGGCUUGCAAGGCCACAAGAUGUGAUCCCGUCUGUCAGGUUACAGAAAUACCUCAGUAAUAUCUUAACAUACACUGACCUGCCCGCGCUGCCACACACACCUCCAUGAAACCUUGUGUUCAUCUCAUUCACAUUUUUACAUUUCAUAGGCUGUGUUUGAGCUCUGAA